GCCCUAGCGCAGAGAAUGGCGAGCGCGAGAGCCGUGGUGUUUGGCUCCCCGACACCCACCCCCGUCCGCCCCCUCUCCGACUGUAGUACCUCGUGGGCGACGCAGUCGGAGAAGCAGGAAAUGUGUCAGCCCGAGGAUGACCUGUACCGGCGGCGCCAAGCGGCUGGGUGGUCACGGCAGCCUCCCUGGAGGCGGCGGCGGCCCGGGCCCGGAAUAACUCAAGUUACCUUUACUGGAAGUCAGUUUGCUGAAAGUACUGAAACUGCAGUUCUUAAAGUUGAAGAAAAGAAGGUUCAGUGCCUUGACCAGAGGAGCGUGGGUCCUUCCAAAGCCUCUCCAGACGCACCCUCCCAGCAUUGCCCAGGAAAGAUGCGGCAGCUCAAAGGGAAGCCCAAGAAGGAGACGUCCAAGGACAAGAAGGAGCGGAAGCAGGCCAUGCAGGAGGCCCGGCAGCAGAUCACCACGGUGGUGCUGCCCACGCUGGCCGUGGUCGUGCUCCUGAUCGUGGUGUUCGUGUACGUGGCCACGCGUCCCACCAUCACCGAGUGAGCGCGUGGGGUGAACUCCCCCAGCAGGGAGCCGAAGCCCGGGAGGGGGAAAACGAAAGAGAAAUGGCUUUGGUAUUCAGAGAUUUUCCUGAUGCUGAGCUCCAGGCUGGAGCACCCUGUCUUCUCUGGUCUUUGACUUGAUUAAAGUUUCUCCAAUUUCCCUGGGAGGGAAUAGGGAACGUUUUAUCAGUGAACGUGCCAUACACCUUAUGGUCCACUUCAUGUGCCUUUCAGACUUCAAAGCAGUGUGUGUGUGUGUGUGUAUGUGUGUGUGUGUGUUUCUUUCUCGCUCCUGAAAUCAAUAUGUAGCUCAACCUGGUGAGAGGAGGAAUCUUCUGGGUCAUGAAUCAGUUGGAAUCAGUGCUUACCCCAUCCCCAUUGUUUAGAACAUGACUCUUUGCCUACAUGUGUUCACAAUUUCCAAAGGGACUGUAUUUCUUCUCUGUGCUUAAUGUGAUUUGAAAUAUGUCGACUCAAAAGUGAAAUAUUUAUUUUUUGAAUAAAGGAGAUAAUAGCCUUAAA